UGCUUCCCUUCAAAUAUCCUCUCUCCAGCUCUCCUCUUGUCUGCCUCUCACUUUGUAAGCUUCCCCAACAGGGAACCAGACGGAAAGGUAAGAAUCCAAUCCCACCGAGUUCGUCUUACCGGAUAACAUGGCGGUCUUCUCUCGGAGCUCAAGCAGUUGGAUCCUCUCGCUCAAGGUUUUGCUGAUUUCAGCUGGUGUUGUUUCCUUGGCUGUGAUUCUAAAGCUUUCUGUUCCGGUGAUAAUGGAGUUCGUAGCUACUGAGGUUCCUCUGAUAUGGGGGUCUCUGCUCUCGUGGCUUACGCCUCCUUACCUCUACGUUAUCAUUAACGGGAUCAUCAUCACUAUAGCUGCGUCUUCGAGGUUUCAGCAGAAGGUCGAUGAGCAGCGGCCCGAGAUGGUGGGGGCUCCCCUGAAAGCCGAGGUGCAGCCUGAUUUUGUUGUCACCACAGCUGUGUACGAGGAUGCCGCUGUUCUAGACGAGCAUGUAGUGGUGGAACGACCGGAGUUAGGAUAUGAUGUUGUUGCGAUGAAGAACCCCGAGGAAACUCCAACAGAGUUUGAAUCUUUGGAGCCUUUGUCAGGGUACGGUCAGGGUCAAGCAGAGGCUGUCGAGGUUAAAACUCUUCUGACGAGAGCUCCGGAGGAGUAUGACGAGGAUGAUUUUGUUAUCUCUAGAUCGACUUGGACUCCGCAGCGGAGGGAUUCGACGGAAGUUCCAACGGAAUAUUCCUUCCCAACCGAGAAACCUCUGGUUUCUGUAAGGUUUGGUCGGAAAAUCGUCAGAGCUAGCCCUGAAGGUGGAAGGGCGUUGCGGGUGGCGAAGCCGAAACGAAACGAUACGCUGGAAAACACGUGGAAGACGAUAACGGCCGGCCGGCCGAUGCCACUGACGAGGCAUCUGAAGAAGUCGGAGACGUGGGAAACACACGGUCGCCAUAGCAACCCGAGCCAGGGAACGCAAGAGCCAAGCCCCGCGAAAGUGAAGAAAGCAGAGACGUUCAGGGACCGUACUAAUCUGGAGACGUCGCUGAGUCCGUCCCCGGGUGGUUCGGGGAAGUUUCGGAAAGAACCGUCGCUGAGUCAAGACGAGCUGAACCGGCGGGUGGAAGCGUUUAUAAAAAAAUUCAAUGAAGAGAUGAGGUUGCAGAGGCAGGAGUCGUUGAAUCAAUACAGGGAGAUGAUUAACCGUGGAACCCAUUAAAAGGAAGAAAAUGUUUCUGUUUUUUCAUUUCUUUCAGAAAAUUUACGAGGAUGAGGGAAAAAAUAGUCUUAAGUCUGCUUGACUUUGUUUUGGGUUUCUUUAUUUAUAGAAAUGGAAUUUGUUAUAAUGGAUGUCUGUAUAAAGGAUUGAUUUGUUUGCAG